AAGUUUAAUAAGGAAGUGCUCCAAUAGAGGAAGGAUGCAUCUUGUACACUUGUGUGUUGCUUCUGCAGUUAAAGCUCGGUUUGUGAACACUGUGAACGGUUUGACUUGAGGCGAUCUGUGGAGUUCAUGUUUAAAAUGCAGAUCAUUUCGAGUUGUACAAUCCUCUCUAUGUUAGUAUUAAAUAUCUUAUGUACAGGUCAUGGAAAUGAGGACUGGAGCAUCACCUUCAAUCCACCAAAUGUUACUGCAGUUCCAGGAUUAUGUGCUCUGAUUUCAUGUACCUUCACCUAUCCAGACAAAGCAAAACCUAUUAAAAACAUUCAGUGGGACGUGUGUAAAACAGGUGAAUGUAAGAAAAUUUUCAAGGGGAAAGUGAGUACACAAAAUGAAAACAAAUUAGAAGAGGAGGAAACUGAAACAGAACGGAUUAAAAUGCUUGAACCUGAUCUGUCCAAAAACAACUGCAGCAUCAUCAUGAAAGACAUAAAAGCAGAAGAUGAAAAUGAAUAUGCAUUCAGAGUGAAGAGGCAGAAAAACACAUUUAAUUCCACAGUUAAAAUUAUCAUUCAAGACAAGCCUAUAAUGGAUGUUCCUCCUCUCAGUGACGGGGUGGAGGCCAAUCUGACAUGUUCAGCUCCUUUUCCUUGCCCUGAAACUCCUCCUGAAAUAAAAUGGUGGAUCAAAACGAGAGAAGGAAAUAUCACCAAUCUCAAGGAUGACAACAUUACUCUGAUCACCUCCACAAGCCUUUACCUCUCAACUUUGACUUUAAUGCCAACCUCCAAACUGCACAAUGCCACUGUAGAAUGUGACGUGAGCUAUGGAGACAAAAACAUCAGUGCCAGUAGUACCCUAGAAGUCAUGUAUGUACAGACUCUUCAAAUUCUGGGUAAUGACACAGUGAGGGAAGAUGACACUCUCAGCCUGAUCUGCACUGUUGAAAGUCACCCACCAUCCUCUGAUCCUGAAUGGAGUUUCAAUGGAAUCGCAGAUACAAUCAGGAACCACACAUCUGCAGAAAAUCUCAUGAUUACCAAUGUGAGAAAGGAGCAUGCUGGGAUAUACGUCUGUGAGAUGACAUAUAGGAACGAGACUUUGAAAGCAUCCAUCACUAUCAAUGUCAUUCGUGAUACAAAUGAAUCGAAAAUAAAUGAGUCCUCCACUCCCGGACGUGAAAACAUGCCUGGGAAAGAUGAUACCACCAAAAACUCUACAGUUCUAGACGUUUUCAUGAAGAAUUUUGGCAUAUCAACGAUACUCACAUUUGUGGCAGGAAUGACAUUUUCAGCAUUCAUCUUUUCAAUGAUUUUGUGUUGUUGGGUCUCUUGCCAUAGAGGCAAAAGACACAAAGUGCUGACAGAAAAUCCAGACACUGACAUUAAUUUGGAGACAGUGCAGACAGAUGUAGCUCAGAAUGGAACCAAUGAGCAAACACCUCUUCAUGGAGAGCUUAAUGAAGGGACCCUAAACACAGGAGCACCAACAGAUGGUGCAGAGGAGGAUGAAGCAGUCGAGAUGCAAGCAAGAGAGGUGGACUACGCCAGCAUUGACUACUCCCUUCUAAAGAACAGACCGCCUGAAGAGGUAGAGAGGGAACCUACAGACACAGACUACGCUGAGAUCAAGAGGCAAAGGAGAGGAGAUGGGACGCAAAGGGAAGCCCUUCAGGAUGGAGAUGACCAGAUUGAAACACCCGACCAGAAACAGGUGGAAGGAGAGGAGGAACUUUAUUCUAAUUCUCAGGUGUUUAAAAGUUAAGGAGCUAAGGAGUCUUAACUACACACAGCAAUAUUUCAUUUCAAGUUCAGAUGUUUAAGAAAUAAAUAAUAUAUUACUUUUGAGCUUUUAUCCCUUAUGUGUCUAUCAAAAUUUGUUAGUGAUUGCAACACAAUACAGAAUGUUUCAUUAGAUUAGUCUCCAACAUCUGUUUUUUUUGCAAAAAAAGUAUUACUUAAUGUAUUUCAUUUCUCUGUUACUUCUUUCAAGUUAUUUUAUUAUUAUUAUUUUUUUUUUUGCAUCAGGUUUAAAUAUGUAUUUGAGGAGGUUUCUGAGCUUCCUGAAACUGUAACAAAUAUGUUUGAGUAAAUAAAAAAAUAAAAUAAAAACGUU